AUGAUAGUCGUCGCCCAUAUAUUCGUGGUACUUGCCUUAUUAGCAUGCAGCUGUAUUGUUGCUCAUCCUACAAUCUAUCCACAUAUUGCAUUGAAGCACGGAAAAGGUAAUCGUGUACGUGCUCUUCCAAACCCUCCUCCUCCCAUCAUCAGUUAUCAUAUACACAUCACAUAUACUCUUUUCAAUCCACCAGUUGUCAAGGAAGCAUUAGAGCUUCGCAACCGCACACGUCAACGAUUUCAGGAUUAUCUCGCUCCAGAUUGCCCAGGAAGAUACGAUUAUGGAUAUUUAUGUAUGAUCGAUGAUCAUGAUAUAGAAAAUACAACGUUGAUUGGUGGACCGUUCGUCAGUGGUGAAUGGUCUAUCUUUGUUCCGCUUGGUGAUUAUCCGCUCAUUACUCCAUGGCUUACCCAAAAUAGAGGUAAUCUCUCUCUACUUUUACAUCCUAAUACGGGAUAUGAAUAUGAAGAUCAUGACAUAUGGGCGUUGUGGGCUGGUCAACGAUGGCCAUUGGAUAUGUCAAUUUUUGAUAAAGAGACGCAAACGAAUGAAUUUGGGCAUUAUCCUGGUGAUUCGGAUAAUCCAGUGUGUCUUAGUAAAAAUGGUGUAUGUGGGGAUGAUCAACUUUAUACUUCUACUCUAUGUUGCUUCGACCUUGCAUGUAAGGCUGCUGAAACUAUUUCGAAUGGCUUUUCAAACCAUACAAUCCACAGAUGUGCUUAA